UCCUCCAGUCCGUUCCCUCUUUCAUUUUCGCAUUUCCACUUUAACCGUCUCUCUCUCUCUCGCCUCCUCUCGUUCUCUCUCUACUUUCUCUUCAAAUCCUAGCUUGCAGUCCAGAUUCGAAAUCGUUAGGUUUUAAUUUCCGAGCUCCGGUGCUCUUCUUUCCUCUGUCAGCGUUCGAAGUACAGUAGCGGUGAACGAGCAAUGGGAACGAGUGGGAAGGAAGACUCGGUGCAGUUCACCGAUUGCAUCUAUCAGGACCGGAGCUUGUCGAAGCAUGUUCGCGAUAACGUCCAUGGAAUCAUCUAUCUCGAGCCGCUUUUCUUGAAGUUCAUCGACACUGCACAGUUUCAGAGGCUCCGUGAUCUUAAACAACUUGGUCUGACAGACAUGGUUUACCCUGGGGCUGUACAUUCUCGGUUUGAGCAUUCACUCGGGGUGUAUUGGCUGGCUGGUGAAGCUAUCAAUAAACUUAAACUCUACCAUGGGGACCUCGAAAUUGAUUAUUUUGACAGGAAAACAGUAAAACUUGCUGGACUACUGCAUGAUAUCGGCCAUGGGCCGUUCAGCCACAUGUUUGAGCGCGAGUUUCUUCCUCGGGUUAUUAACGGUUGCACAUGGUCUCAUGAGGAGAUGUCUGUGAACAUGAUCGACUACAUUGUUGAAGAGAACAAUAUUGAUAUUGAUUCUGCAGUGCUUAAAAGGGUGAAGGAACUGAUCCUUGCUAGCUCCAACCAUGGGGAACAGAAUAGUGUGACAAAUAAGCGUUUCUUGUAUGAUAUUGUUGCAAAUGGGCGAACUGGAAUAGAUGUUGACAAGUUUGAUUACAUGGUGCGUGACUCCCGAGCAUGUGGUAUAGGCUGUAGUUUUCAGUUCGAAAGGCUGAUGGAAACUAUGAGAGUUAUAGAUGAUGAGAUAUGUUAUCGCGCCAGUGAUUAUCUGACAGUCCACAAGCUCUUUGCCACUCGUGCUGAUCUGCAUCGAACCGUGUACACACAUGCUAAAGUGAAGGCUGUUGAACUCAUGGCCAUCGAUGCUAUGUGCCAUGCAAAUAGUGCUUUUAAAAUUGCAGAAUCAAUUCAAAGCGCAGCUGAGUUUUGGAAGUUGGAUGACACAAUUUUGAAGAGGAUUGAAACUUCUGAUGACCCUGAACUCAAGGAAGCUAAGGAUUUGAUCCAUCGCAUUCGAAGAAGGGAUCUUUACCAGUUCUGCAACGAGUAUUCUGUUCCAAAGGAAAACCUAGAACAUUUCAAAGACAUCACGCCUCAAGACAUAGUUUGUUCCCAGAAUUCUGGUAGUGUUACACUCAAGGAAGAGGAUGUUGCAGUCUGCACUGUUAAAAUUGAUUUGACUCAUGGAAGGAAGAACCCUCUUGAAAGAAUCAAUUUUUUCAAGGAUUAUGAGAGUGCUCUACAUGGUGAAAAGUUUCAGAUCCAAGAUGAUCGCAUAAGUCACUUGCUUCCAACAUUCUAUCAAGACAAGAUAGUCAGGGUGUACGCGAAGAAGCCCGGACUGGUUGAAGCAGUUUCCGAGGCCUUUGAGACUUAUCAGAUGAAGACAUACGGACGGACAGAACAGGUACAUCCAACUCCUAAGAAGAAACAACGCAAAGCCUGAUUUCGGAACAUAACCACCGUGACCAAUGUGUAUAAAUCCUCAUCGUAUAUCUGAUUCAUAAGGAUACGUAUUAGGUAUACCGGUAUACGUCUCGGCGCUACCACAUAUUUUGGAUUUAGGAAAUCUGCAACUUUGUAAAAUCCACUAUAAAUCUACAUUUUAUCAACUCUGUAAUGAUCCACAUGCUGAAAAAAGCCAUGAGAAAAUGUAUAUAUACAAUAUAAUCUUUGCAUCUCUCUCUCCCCUUUAA